AUGGAGAGGAGGCUGCUCGAAUAUCCUGACGGUUACCUGCACAUCGCCAUUCGCGGCCUGCAUCUCCCUCUCCGAUCCAAACCAGUCGCCUUCGAUCCCCCUUGCGAACUUAUCUUUAUGAUUGCAGCAGCAACAUACCUGAUCUUCAUAGAUGUCGGCGAGGAUGAGACCGAAUACACGUGGUUCCUACGCUACUCUGAAUUGGGCUUAACCGACUUCCUGAAGGCAUUUCGCGUCGGUCAGAUCCAAAUGGAAAGAUCACUAUGCUACUGCUGCAUGCUCGACAGAGAUGCGUUGGGACAUGAUGAAGCAUGGUUUGAUGACUGGGACGUCGCUUGGCAGGGCUUACAAGGAGGUGGAAACUGGAUUCCGUAUGCUGUUGUGGACUGUUUGAAACGAUUGUGCCUCUAG